UUAACGAGAAAAUUUGCCACGAACAUUCUUUCUGUUUACAAGAUGGGCUUAGAUGACGAAGAGCAGACUAACACGCACUUAUAUAUCACCGAUGAUGAUGAUGAUGAUGAUGACCAAUGGUCCGAUGAUUCAACUGAUAGCGAAAUGGUUGAUCAGAGCGAUGAGGACUUAGUGUCACUCUACAUACAAGUAAAAAAACCGAUUGCGCGUCAAAAUAAAACUCAAAGGGAAUUAAAGAGAUCGGCUGUUCGUCGUUUAGUCGAAGGACGUUAUGUAAAAUUAUCACAAUCGCCGGUGGCGAUAAAGAAUAAUACAGAUAAAUUGUCAUCUCCGUGGGAGAAAAACGAUUUUUUCAAGGCCUACUGCGAAUUCGAUGAUUUAUCUUCAGGCGUCGACGACGACGAAGAUUCUGCCGACCAGGAUAAUUAUUACGUGGAUUUUUUAUCGAAAAAUCUAUCGAACAAUGAUUAAUGCCAAAUCGAAUAUUUUAAC